GUUGAUAAAAUCCUUCAUAUUUCUUCUGUCUGCUAAAUGUGAUUUAUAGGAAAAUGACAAGUACAUAUUUGUGUAUCCUUUGUUGAUAAGUAAAAGGCCUUUCUCUAUCAUCACUGCCAGAUUGACUUACAACCAAUGUCCAAUAGAUUCUAGACCCAAAGACAAGAAAAUGGUUGAGAUGCAGGUAGACAUAGAACAAUUGCUUCUGGCAUCCUAGUCAGCAGUUGUUCUUUACUUAAUUUUCUUGUGAAAGGGUCAUUGAAUUAGAGAGAAAGCCACUCCGUUAACUUGAAAUGGAAUGAGUUUUGUAUGGAGUAAACCAAGAGGUCUACAAAACACAUCUGCUUUCCAAGAUUCCUCUCCCGGAAACUGCCAUUAUAUCUGUAACCCUGGAUACGAUGUCAGUUUUUUUUAAGGCGAGUGUCAGGAAACUGGAUGUCAUCAGCUUUUGGGUCUAAGUCAGUGAAAGGAACAUUUGUGUCAUUUUAGAUUGAAUAAUUUUUGCUCACCUCUAAUAAGAUGAGGGAAGAGAUUGUCCCACCUACUGACACUCUAGAAUAAAGAACCCUUCCUUGUGACAGGGGCUCAUUGAACAUUCUGGAAAUAGAUGGUGAGGAAAGUUCCAUGGUAAAAGGCACUAUCUUGAUAAUGCCAACGAAGCCAAUCCUACAAGGGUAUUGAAUGUAUCAGACAGCAGGGUAAUCUGACUAUCUUGAUAAUGCCAAGGAAUCCAAUCCUACAAGGGGAUUGCAUGUAUCAGACAGCAGGGGAAUCUGAGUAGAGGCAACUGUUUGUUAAAAUAGAGAACCUCAAUAUAAAGGCAGGAGGGCUUAGAAGAAUCUUGUUCAGUGGUUUGGUGCAAAUGUGAAGCUACAUGUGAAAGGCUGAUGUGGAGGGUAGUCAGAGGAACACACAAGGAAGAUACUUCUAACAAAGGACAGCUAAAGGUGACUGUGAGGUUAAGACAGACGGUGAGACAGCUUGUGUAAGAAAAUGGGACCUUUACAAGAAACAAACGCUCUGUAGAAGUUACAGCAGCAGAAGGACAGUCUUCAAGAGAAUCACAUGUCCAAAUUGCAGCCUACUUGGGCGAAGGGAGCCUGUGAGCAAUGGAACAUGAAGGGACACCACCAGUGAGGAAACUGUAGAGAAAGUGUUUCCUCAUACCUUUCUCAUUCUGAAUACUGAACAUUUUGGGGCAGUAUACAAAAACAGGAUGAGAAACUGCACUGGAAGAUCCUGAUACAGUUUUCAUUUUAAUUUUGCAAGUAAAUCAUUGGGACUGAAAAGGAAAGGCUUUCCACAGAGGAGCACAUUUGAAUCUGUCCCAUUGUAGAGAUAAGUGUCCGUUUGAGCUCAGAUGAUUUAUCACAACUCUGCAUCUUGGCUGUUGGACUUCUUAAGCCUUCAGUGUAAUACUUGAGCUAUUCCCUCCAUUCACAACCCUCCUCAUGGGUCUGUCGACUGCUGUGUUAGGGUAGUCUUCGUCCCAGCAACUGCUUUUACUGCCUGCUUUGAUGUAGACCAACAGAUGACCACAGUGCCUGGUGCUUUUCCACCAGGACCAGUCACAACUGGAAAGGAGCAGCAGUUUAUGAUCUAAUUUCUUCAUGACAAACCAUGGGUAUGAUGAAUGAAACCAUCGUGUCAAAUGUCUCAAUGAUAGACCAAGACCACUGUGAUGCCUACUGCAGGACAACUUUGAUAACAGCCUAUAGUGUGGUUUUAUUUGGAGGCACCAUUGGAACAGUUAUGAUGUCACGUAUGAUUUUCAAAAGGAAUAGCCAAUCAGCGAUUGCCACGAUCAUCAUUAAUAUCAUUGUGCUGCACUCCCUCCUCCUGAUUAGUCUGCCAUUCCGCCUCAGCUACUAUCUGUCAUCAGUCUGGAAGCUUGGAUCUUUUACCUGCAGAGUGGUUAGUAGUGUCAUAUAUGGUCAUAUGUACCUUACCUUUGUUUUCUAUGUGGCCAUUGUCACUCUUCGGUUGCUCAUCUAUUUUAAGAAACUCCAAAUGCAACAGUUACAAAAGUUCCAUGCUGUGGUUCUAAGUAUUAUCAUUUGGAUAGUAGGAAGCUUCAUCUUUUUGCCAAUAUUUUUUUUACAGUAUGGCACAGAUCCAAGUUACACAGAACAACAACGCUGUUUUGAGUUUCAUAGAUCUCUCAACUGCACGAGUAUCAUCAUCAUAAACUAUUCUACAAUUGUCAUUAUGAUGACAACAGUUCUGGUCCUCUUUCUGACACAGCUGGCUGUCAUUCUUUGUUUGAUAAGAGACUAUUGGCCUGAUAUGUGGGCCCAUCAAGAUUACAGAGCCCAAAUCAAGAGUUUCUUCUUCCUUAUAGUCAUAGUUGUCUGCUUUCUACCCCACCAUGUAUUCAGAGUAUAUUUCAUUCAAAAUUAUGCAGAGGAAAAAAAUUCUAAGUUAAUACUUUACAAUGAAAUCUGUGUUGCUUUAACGACCUUCUGCUGCCUGGAUAUGUUGUGUUUCAUAGGUGGCAUCAUCCAUUAGACCUUCCUAUGUUUUUUGUGGCUGCUUUACAGAAUGCCUUGAUAAAAAAUAUUUCAAUUGAAUAGGUGAGGUGCUGUUAACAUCUUAAAAAACUCUGAGCUCUUUCUGUGUUCCUCAACAUCAAAUUUUUAGAUUUUUUCUUAGCCAGAACUGUUUUCCUAAAAAACGUAACCCUAGUCACCUCCAUUUUCCUUUAAUAAUGCUUACAGGGUCCAAAUGUAUUACAGAAUAUGUUAUAUUUCUUAGCAUUAUAAUAGUUAAACACACAAUUCCUUCGUUUUGCCAUUUCAUGCAGUAUUCACUUCAGUCAAGCAUACCUACUGGUUCUUCCAGUACUCCUGAGGCAUUUACUAUACCAAGUUUUGUUCUGAAUGUAUUUACUGCCCCCACUCCCAAUUCCUGUCCACCAAGUUCUGGAGAACCCAUAGAUGGGAACUCUACAGCUGAAUAGUGCUCUAAAUAAUCUUAAUUUAUUCAACUUAACUAUUUCAUGCUGAUAUUGGUUUCAUGAGGGGAUCAUUAGCUUGGGUAGAGUGGUCAAGAGAGUUAGAAGAAUCUCUUCCAAGAGACUGGGCAUUAAUGUAAUUCAUUCUGAUCAAGGCACCGUAGGGACUUGGAAGGCAGAGGUUACCACCUGAUCAACCUUCAGUACAACAGCAGUAAAAGACAGUGGAAAAGGCAUCAAGAAACUGGACCCAGGUUGAGCUUGCCAAUAGACUAUUUGGGCACACAUUUUUGAGGCCAUGGAAAGUUUUUUAUGGUUUUCCAAGCUACCCUACACAUCCAAGAACCAUCAUAUAAUAAAAGGACCACUGGUGUCUGCCACACUCAAUAACAGGAAUCAAAAUAACUAACUUGGAUUCUGUUUAUAUUAUAUAGAAACUAACAUGUACUUAUACUUCACUUACAAUAAUGCAUCCUUGAAAACUGUAUUUAAUUAAUACUAUAAUCAAUGCUCUAAUGGCUAAUAGGUGAAAAUAGUUAAUACAAAUGAAUUUUGGACUUGGUGUGUGUAUAGGGAAUCUAACUGUAUUUAAUAAUCAUUGACUUUGGGGUCACAUAUUUACAAUCCUCCCCAUGGAUUCUUUGAUAAAAAGGAACAUGUAAUAUGUAGGAUUCAAGUAGUAGUUCUUACUUCUCUAAUUCAGUGACAUCAUUUAGAAUACAAUUUUAAGAUAGGGCUGUUAUGAUUUGAUUGAUAUUGGAGCAUACACUGAAAAAACUUGUUUAUUGAAAGCUUUGUCCCCAUAUUGGUGUUCUGGAAUCUUUGGAAAGCAAAACCCACAUAGAGGAAGUAGAUCAAAGGUUCUUUCUCUCUCAAUUUAUGCUUCUUGUAUUACCACAUAUGAAGAUGGUUCUUUGCCACAUACCUCCUUCUUCAAUAAUAUUUUGCUCAAAUGCAUGGUGUCAAACUAUGAGUUAAAGUAAAUCCUCCAGAAAACAAACUCAUUGUUGUUUCUAUGCCUGACCAUAUGGUUUUCUGAGCCUUUGGAACUGAUUUGUGGGUGGAAUUUUGAAGAACUGGAGAAUAUAGUCAUGGAGUUUCUGAAAUGCUACUUCGGAAGAAUUAGGAAAAUGUAGGUUAGAGAGAGUCUGAAAUGUUAUAAGUAUAGUUUAAUGGCUGGUUCUGUGGGAGCUUGGAAGACCAAAAUGCUAUUGGAGAUACUGGCUUUUAGGAACAGGCCUAUGAAGUUUCAGGUGACAGUAGGAACUCCCUGGGAAUUGCAUCUGAUGCCAUCUGUACUAGUUAUGACAAAGCCUCCAUUCUGUCUGUAUCUUGAAAUUAUAUGCCGGACUGUUUAAAGAUGACAGACUAAUGAAUUUGGUGGAUAAAAUGCCAAGGCAGUAUAGCAUUCAGGUGAAGGCAUGUUUUUUUCCCUGGAUGCUUUUACUUAGAUUACAAUGAAUAUUGACUUUGUAAGCCUUCAGCAGCAUAUGUUGAAUAGUCAGAGGCAAGGGGAUCACAAGUUCAAGGUCAGUAUGACCUACACCCUAAAAAGGGCUGGAAAAGAUGGCUCAGUAGGUAUAGGUGCUGCUCCAAAGUCUGACCAUCUGAGCUUGAUCCUCAGAACCUACAUGGUAGAAGGAGAGAACUGACUUCCAUCAGUUACAUGUUUUUGCCCCUCCCACACUCACAUGGGUGCAUACACACACACACACACACACACACACACACACACACACACACACACACCACAUGUAGGAAUCAGCUCUAUUUUUCCACCAUAUCGGUUCCAGGGAUCCAACUCAGCUUGUUAGGUCUGACAUCAUGUACCUUUACUCACUGAACCAUCUGGUCAGCCUUUAACUUGAGAUUUUGAACAUUGUUGGAGCUGUGAAGACUUUGGGACUUCUUGAAGAUGGGCAGGAUACAUUUUGCAUUGUGAUAGGGGGAAAAGACUUUUGGGGGGCAGAAAAAGAUAUUAUGGCUAAGAUAUGAAGUAUUUCCUUUUGAAAAACCUUAUAUACUAAGAGACCUGGCCUCCAUUUGUUGAAAUUCUGGAAACUUGGGGCAAUAGGACCAAGCUGGAGGAACUAGGUUACUGGGUGUGAUUUCUCAAGGAUAUAGCACUACUGCCCUCCUCUUUUUGUUUGUUAAUAAGGAAAGACACAUCCUUGCUGUGUGCCCCUGCACCCAAAUUGUCAUCCCAAGUGCAUUGGGCCAAAAGAUGAUGGAGAAUUUGCUUAACCUAAGAACCAAAAUAAACAUUUCAUCCCUUAAGUUAUUGUAUUGGGUAUUGGUCACAAUGAUGCAAAAGUAAUAUUAACAUAAGACCAAAAUUCCACACACUUGAAAUCUUAUUGGUCAAUGUUUAUCUCCUGCUUUACUAUUAAAUCCAUUAUUAAAUCAAGAUAUAAGUAUUGCUUAUUUUUGCCCAUAAAACUUGUCGUUAUUGCCGGGCAUUGGUGGCACACGCCUUUAAUCCCAGCACUCUGGAGGCAGAGGCAGGCGGAUCUCUGUGAGUUUGAGACCAGCCUAGUCUACAGAGCGAGUUCCAGGACAGCCUCCAAAGCCACAGAGAAACCCUGUCUCGAAAAAUCAAAAAAAGCUUGUCGUUAUUAACAAUAUAAUAAUCAAUUAAACUUCAAAAAUAUGCUCCAAAUGUUUCAUAAUUUUCUUACAAACAAGGUAAGAAUCAGUGUGCUUAAAUUAUACUUUAUUACUUUUUGAAAAUUGAUGUUUCUUCACAACAGUUGCAAUUGAUUUAGUUGGUAUUCAACUGACAAAUAUGCUAAUUUCCAUGACCAUUUUUAAUAUGUAGACAGCCUCUCAGAGGGAUGCUAAUGACUGCUAUCUAUAAAUAGUCAUAUCACUGUACAAGCCCUUCAACCUUCUCUGUUGACUUGUAAAUACAGUAGACAUCAUAAAGUAUAUCACUUCCCAUGACAGCUCAUGAAGAGGCUGUGGCUUCCAUUUUGGACUCUCUUUCUCAACUGGAUUAAUUUCUUCUGGACUAAGUCAUGCUAUGCCACAGGUCCGUGGAAAAAUGCACAAGGCAAAUAACUGAAAAAUCUUCUUAGCAGCCCUGUGAGUAAGCCUGGUUGUGAACUAUUUACCAUUAAACCUUGAAGUAACUGCC